CUAAGCUAGCAACUGUUCUGUCUAAUGUAUCUUAAAAAAGAUCGGGGAGAGAAAAUAUAAUUCAUUUACUGUGAUUUUCGAGUUUUCGACAAGUGUAAUAAAUUAGAAUUUGUAGAUAAGUAGCUAAAUAGUUGAAACGAACUAAAUUAAGCACUUAAAAAAUCACUUAAUUCUAAAAAACUGAGUUUUAAAAGUGACACAUUUUUUCUUGUCGACGCGCUUUGUUAUAAGAAUAAUUGAAACAAGAAGUUGAUACAAUGGGUAAGGCUCAAAGUAAACGUUCUGUAGACAUCACAACUGAAACGACGAAAGAAGACGCAGUCCAGGAAGGAACUGGAAAGCUAGAGAAAAUUGAUGAUAAAUAUUUCAAAGAAAAUGAAUCAUCGGACAAAGAAAACAAGGUCGAGAAUGAUGCUGCUGAAAAUGAAAAGAAUGAAGGCGAUAAAACUGAUGAACUUGUUGUAAAUGGUGAAAACGCCCCCGAAACGGUUGAAGAAAAUAAGGCAGAAGAAGCAAUUGAGGAAAAACCUGCUGAAGAGCCAACUAUACCUUCCCCAGAAGAGGCAACAACAACAACCGAGGAAGAGAAGCCGAAAAAAGAAAAAGUUAAAAAGAAGUGGUCGUUCAGAUCGAUUUCGUUUGGUAGAAAAGACAAAACUAAACCAGCCAAGAAGGAAAAGAAAGAAAAGGAAACCGAGAAAACUGUAACAGAAGAGAAACCACAGGAAGAAACUGAAGCUUCUAAAUUAGAAGAGACCAAAGGAGAAAAUGAACCUGCUGAAAUUACAGAAAAGACGACUGAAAUCAAGGUGGAACCCGUUCAAGUUGAGGAAGCAAAAGAAAAAGAGGCAACAAAAGAACCUAUAGUUGAAAAAGAACAAACAGUAGCAGAAGAAAAAAAACCAGAACCUUUAUUAGAAGAAAAAAUUCUAGAACCCGUUAUUGAAGAAAAACUUCCUGAGCCUGUCAUUGAAGUAAAGAUUUCUGAGCCUGCCAUUGACGAAAAAGUUCCAGAACCAGUUGUUGAAGAGAAAAUUCCUGAGCCUGUCAUUGAAGUAAAGAUCCCAGAACCUGUUAUUGAAGAAAUGAUACCGGAAUCUGUUAUUGAAGAAAAGAUCCUAGAACCUGUUCUUGAAGAAAAGAUCACAGAGUCUGUCAUUGAAGAAAAGAUUCCAGAACCUGACAUUGAAGAAAAAAUCACCGAGUCUGUCGCUGAACAAAAAGUUCUAGAAUCUGUCGUUGAGGAAAAGAUGCCUGAACCAAUUGUAGAAGUAAAACUAUUGCAAGAAGAACCAAAAAAAGAAACACAUAUCGUAGAAAAAAUUGAUACAAUUGAAGAACCACCAGCAAUCCCAACAACACCGCCACCAAGCCAAUUCUCAGUGUUUGCGGAGUCAAUGAACGUUAUUCAAAAUGCAACGGAAGAAAAUACUAAUGAAAAUAAUGUUGCAAUGGAAAUAGAAGUUGAACAAAUCAAAGAGAUUGAUGUUGAACCAGUUGCUGAAAUGAUUGAAAAGGUUUUAGAAGAAGCUGUUGACCGUAUUGAUAAUGAAGUAUCGAAUGAUAAGGAUAUUGAACUGCCUCCUCCACCAACAGACGAUAUUGAUGAUGUUUCUACACCAACUACUGAAGUUGUUGAAGUAAAGCAAAAUGGUGUUAUGGAGGAGCCCAUUGAGAAUGGAAAGACGGAGAAUGGAGUUCAUAACGAUGAAGUUGAGGACGAAAAACCAGUUUUGAAAGAGGAUAAAGUAAUCGAUAAAAUUUCGCCAGAAGCUACAAUGGCACCAGAAAUCAUCUCAGAAUAAGCAGUAUCAUAAUUACCAUCAUAAGUUUGCAUCGUAUGGAUUUGAAAAGAGAAGAAUGGAAUUUUAAACAAUUUUAUUUUUUAACAAGAGAUAAAACAGAAAUUUAAUUCUUAGAAUGAUUUCGAAGAGUCGACUAUUGAGAUAUUUAAUAAACUUGUGGAAAUUAAACAGGGGUAUUGAAAUAAUUUAUUAACUCGUGCUGACCAACAAAAUAAAGUAAACGUAACGUAAAUCAUUCAUAAGAAAAUAAUUGAAAAAAAUAUCAAACUUAACUAUUAAAAUUUGUAUGGUGAAAACAUGAGUUUAUCUAUAAAAAAAUUUGCUAAACAUAAACGUAGAUAACAAAUGUAAAAUAUUAAAAUGCUUCUUGAUAGUUGAGAACUUAUAAACUAUGAAUAUAUAAUGAAAGGAAAAUCUCAUCGGACAGAAUGAUGUCAAUUUAAGUUCUUUAUUGAUUUAAAACUGGUGUGCAAAUUUAAUUACAUAUAACGAGAUAUCUGCUUGAUAUUUUUUAUUACUUUUAGAUAUAUUAUUGAAUAAAAUUGUAAGAAAAAGUCGAUAGAAUAUUGAUAAAUUUAUCAUUAAAAUGAAGUGAAAAUUGAGCAAAGAUUAUAUUAAAAUUUGGCCUAAUUAGAAAUUUCGAAUAUGAAUAAAAAAAAAGAGGAAGGAAACUGAUAUAUGAGUAGCUUAGUUGAGCGCAUCAAAAAAAUUAUUCAUUGUAUUAUCAUUUAAGUCUUUAAGGCUUUAAUUGAACAAACAAUGAGAAAAAAAAAUAAUUCCAAAAAAUCUCAUCAUAUUCAUGAUACUUUUUUUUACAAAAUUGCAUCAUUCCGUUCAUUUAUCAAAAGAAAAUGUGAAAAUUCUAUUGAAGAAAAAAAAAUUUAUUGAUAGCUAGAUAUUAAGCAAGAAAAAAAAAUACAUUGAUAUUCUUUUUAUUGUAUUCAUAUGGUAGAAAAUAACAGCAUAAAAAAACAUUCAGGUGAAAACAUUUCAAAAAUGAUAAAACUUGCAAAAAAUAAUAAAACUAAAUCGAAGAUAUUACAUAUUUCGUCUAAAUAGUUUUCAAAUUAAACUCGUUCACAAUGUUCUUCAGGUGUCUAUAAAAAAGCAAAAAAAAAAGUCUAAUUAAAUCACGAACAAUUUUUCUAUCUAGAAUCAUUUAAGAGAGUAAGCCAUAUUAUCAACAAAAACAUUAAAUACCUACGCUCCUUUCUCAUACCUAGACCAAUUAAGAUAUAAACAAUAUAAACAACAAAAUAAUCAUCAUUUUGGGUAGUUAUUGCUGAUUAAAGAAUUGAAUAAAUUAUCGACAUUUCUUAUGAUUUCAUUAAAACCUAUUAUUAUUAUUACUAUUAUUAUAGAAUUCAAAAUAUUAUUUUUCUUUUGUUGUGAAAGAAAAAUAGACGAAAUAAAAAUUUAAAUCAAAGCUGUAAUUCAAGAGAAUCAUUUAAAAGAAGCAAAUAUAAAAUGUGAAGAAUUUUUAAUUUGCAAAAACUAGUCGUGCUUUUGAUGGUUUGCAAUAACGGUCAAAAAGUUUUUCAUUCAAUAUAGCAUGAUCAUUUUUCAAAUAGGUUCUCUUUCAUUAACGUUUAAAGCAUAUUACAUUUUAUGAUUUUUUAUACUUUCUUAUGAUUUGCAUAAAUAAAGCUUCUUCGUAAUAUAUAUAAAAAAGGAAAAAAAAAACGAGAAUAAGAUUUAUAUAGCUUGUAAAAUUUUACAAAAAAAAAUAUUAAUAAAUUGAUAUAAAUAUACAUGAAUUGGAAACUCUUGCGGUAGUACGAAUGAACGAUUAUCUAAAUUCCUCAAUAAUGAUUAAAAGCUCAAUAAAUAAACAGAAGAAACACGAUUAGUCCGAUUAUAGUACAAGAGAAAAAUAUGAUCACGAUUAAAAGUAUUACUGAGUAUUACUUGCAUUACUUGAGAAAAACAUACUUUCGAUAAUAAUUGGAUUAGUUUGUAAAUCUUAUGAUGAUCACAGUAUGAAUUCCCUAAAAAACUUGGAAUAUAUAAAAACUGCAGUAAAUUCACUACCGUAUAUAGAACUUCCAAAUCUAAUUUAAAUAAUAUCUAUAAAUGUAUCUUUUUAUCCUUUUAUACACUUCCAAUUUAUACACAAUUUUAAGAAUUAAUGAAAUAUCAAAAACAAAUGUGAAUUUUUUUUUAUCCAAUCUCAUUACCAGUCAUUCUCAUCAUAACAAAAAAUUUAUAAAAUAUUAAAAGUUUCAAAACAAAAUUCUUUCUACAAUCCGGUGGUUUAUGUCGUCUUCAUUUAAGAGAAUCAGUAAAACACAUGCCAAAAAUAUUUUUAUUCCUUAGAUCUUUGAUAUUUUUGAAUUAAAAACAGAAUUAACAAAAGAAAAUGUGUAACAUAUAGGCUGCUAAUAGCAAAGGAACAACAAUAAUAAUCUCUAAUAUUUUUAUAUCCACCGAAGAUAUUUUAUAUCGAAUUUUAUUAAUUAAUAAUAUUUUAACAUUGAAGCUCGAAUUUAAGUUAAAAUGGUUUUUGUAGAAAUUAUAAGUAUCGUCAUUUUUGAAUAAUGAAUACAUUAAGUAAUUAAUCAUACCAUUUAUAUUGCGAGAAAGCAAUUUUUCAAAAACAAAACAUACAAUUUUGAUAUAAAAUUUUAUUUGAUUCAACAAUAAAGAUUCAUUUAU